GGGUUACCUGUAGGGAGACAUAGAACCUGAAUGUACGAGUGCUAUAUAAGAGCUACUACUUGAAGUUCAGACUAUGUAGUCUUUAUUAAUAAGGCAGCAUGAGUAAGACAAAAUGGGUUACAAAAAGGCAGUGAUGUGCAGUUCGUUGUAUUUAUGACUAUUCACUGUUGUUUAAUUACGUAGUAUAUAUAGUUAUGUGUGUACAUUUAAAUCUACUUUGGUCUUUUAACUGCGUAUCUCAAGCACCUAAUGAAUGUGAAUUGACUGAGGUUUACAACACCUUUGGGAGGGCAGAGGGAAACAAUAACCUGUUACUGCCUGGGAUGAAACAGUAGGUGGUUUCCAGCAUACAGAAACCACAAACAAGCCCAGUGCGAAGAUUCCCUUUCUGAGCUCUGCUGAGCCUUGUUUUAUCUGUUCUCUACUUACUUGCAGAGAAGCUGGGACUGUGAAUGGGCUAUUGUUCUGUGCGGAUGCUGAUGUCAUUUUUAGGUAGCUGACCUCACUGCUGGACAAACCCAGUACAGAAAGAGCUGUCUUCAAGCCACGCAUCUGUAGGGAUUGCCUCAGAUCAGAUCCAGACAGUGGGUGUAAAGGUAAUGCAUUUCUGUAGGGAAGUCUCAAGCUUGCCACAGGUUGGAGCACCUUCCUAUGAAUCUUUGUACCUUAGUGCUUUCCUCAAAACACAGACACUUGUCCUGAAAAGCUUGUGCCUGCUUGCAGAGACAAGAGCUUGGUGACAAAGGAUAAUUCACGCAGAACACUCAUAUGUCUGCAAUUACAGUGGUUUUUAAAGGUGUAAGGCUUGUGACAGGAGAGAGCUGUUAGCUUUCCUAGUUAGGGUCUUGUUGAAUCCCUCCAGGCUGUGGCAAACAUAAGCAAUUUGUGUUUUUUUUUUUUUAAUUAUUAUUUUCUCCUUCAGGUUUGACAUCCAUCAACUAGGGAUGCACCUAUGUGUUAAGCAAUAAACUCCUGACCAGACCUUUAUUUUGCUAGGAACAGGAAGGAAGGUACUGCAGAGACCUCCCCGGGGAGAUGGGGAUGGCUAGGGGCAGCCAAGAACAGGAAUGACCCCCACCCAGCGGCAGUCAGCCGUGAGGUACAGGGGAUUCCUGAGGAGGCUGUGCUCGAUGACCCGGGCACUUCAGACUCUGCAGAGGGCUGUGCCAGGUCCACACUGGAGCUCUGGGCGUACCUACAGCUCUGUGGCAAGAAGUACAGGCUUCCCUGGAGCUGAGUGUGCCCAGCCAGCAGUCUCCCAUCCUUGCUGCUGGAGAUUUGAUGCUAAAUUGCUCAGCGGAAAGGAGGAGUAAUUUGAGCAGUGGAAGGAUCACAGCACCAUCUGCUGGGAUUGCUCAUCGGUCCCACAGCAGCAGGGGAGUGGUGUCAUUUCCACGCCAAAUACAGGGUAAUUUCCCUUUUUCCUUAAGUAUCAGAAAGCCAGAAGGGAGCUGAACAUUGCCCCCCAAAACAGCUUUGCCCAAGAACAAAAAAAUAAACUACCCGGUUUUUAUGCACUAACUGAACUUGCAGGAUUUUUUUUUGCAUAGGCUUAUCCGACUUCAGCAACAAUAUCUAAGUUUGGAGCCUCUUUUCUACCCCCGAUCUCCUUUUGUCUGUGUCUGUCCUUCUUCCCUCCUGCCUUGACAACCCGCUCCCCCUCCGCAGCAUCCCUUAUUGCUUCUCCCUGACGCUCUGGGGUGGUCCAGGGGCACGGCCAUGAUCUGAACAGGAAAUCUGCAUUGUUCGAGGCUGUUUCCUAAUGCAAUUUUCUGUUUCCACCGAAGGGUAUUUUGAUGAAGUAUAUACCUACUGCAACUCUCCACGUGUGGUUGCAAGCUUAGAAGUGCUCCGUGCCGGCACAGCUUCUUCCCUGCUAUUAACAGCAAUACAUAGAUCCUAGAAGCAGCUCGCUAGUGUACGGUGGCCACCUGGGCAGCCCCCCCGAGGCGACGGAAAGUCGAGCGGGGCUAGCGGCCGCGGGGUGAACCCCGCUUCGCCCCGUCCGCCGACUCCGCGCUCCGUCUUUUCCCGGCGCCUCCCUCGCCGCGCCCCGUCCCGUCCGGUCCGCGACUCCGCGCUCCGGGUUUCCCCGCCGGCCCGCGCCGGCCCCGCCCCGCGGCUCCGGUUUCAGCCGCUGCUACAGGGACCCCCAAGAUGGAAACGCAGGGGCUGCCCGCCGCGGAGGCGGCCCGGGCCCGGCCCGGCGCCCAACAUGGCGGCCCCGCCGCGCCGCCCGCCACCCCGCGCCGCCCGCCGCCGCCGCCCGGCUGGGAGCCGGCGGCCGCCGCCACCUCCUCCUCCUCUGCCGCCAGCACCGCCGCGUCGGGCCUCUACGUGAGCUUCCCGGUGCUGCUGGUGGAGGAGAAGCCGGAGCCCGGUGCCAGCCCCUGCGCGCCGCCGGCGGGGCCCGCGCCUGACAACGACGGGCUCCUGCUCGUCUUCAACGUGGUACGCGCCGCGGCCGAGGCGGGCGGCGAAGCGGGGCGCGCCCAGCCCGGCCCGCCGCCCGCCGAGCCGCCGGAGGAGGCCCCCGGCUCGGCGCCGCCGCCUCCUCCUCCUCCUCCUCCUCUUCCUCCUCCCCCGCCGCUGCCCGCCGCUACCGGCAGCGAUGGCGGCGGCGAGGACGGCUCCUUCUCGGGGACCAUCACCAUCAACAACCAGAGCCUGGUGGUGCGCAUCGAGAAUGGCGUCCUGACGCUGGGGCCCGGCGCCGAGCAGGCCGCGGGCGCCCCGCCGCCGCCGCCCGCCCCGCCGCCGCCGCCGCCCCCCGCCGCCGCCAGCCCCGCCGAACCGCCGGGCGGGCCGCGGCCGCGUUCGCCGCCGGCUUUCCCCUGCCCGGAGCCGCGCUGUGGCGAGGCUUUCCCCCGUAAGCAGCAGCUGCGGCUGCACCGCCUCUCGGCGCACGGCGGCGGCGAGGACGGCCGCGGGGCGGCGGGGGGGGCGGCGGCGGCGCGGCCCUUCGGCUGCCCGGUGCCGGGCUGCUCCUGGUCCUUCGCCACGGCCUACAAGCUGCGGCGGCACCUGCACUCGCACGACAAGCUGCGGCCUUUCGCCUGCGCCGCGCCGGGCUGCGCCAAGCGCUUCACCACCGUCUACAACCUGCGGGCCCACAGCCGCGCCCACGAGCAGGAGGCGGCGCACAAGUGCGAGGCGUGCGGGCAGCGCUUCCCCAGCGCCGCCCGCCUCGCCGCCCACCGCCGCCGCAGCCACCUGGAGCCCGAGCGGCCGUACCGCUGCGACUUCCCCGGCUGUGAAAGAACGUUUAUAACAGUGAGUGCAUUAUUCUCCCAUAAUCGAGCCCACUUCAGGGAGCAGGAGCAGUUCUCCUGUUCGUUUCCUGGCUGUAACAAGCAGUAUGACAAAGCCUGCCGACUGAAAAUCCACAUGAGGAGUCACACAGGUGAAAGGCCUUUUAUCUGCGACUUUGAAGGUUGUGGCUGGUCUUUCACCAGUAUGUCCAAGCUGCUGAGACAUAAAAGGAAACAUGAAGAUGACAGGAGAUUUAUGUGCCCAGUAGAAGGCUGUGGGAAGUCCUUCACAAGAGCAGAACACUUGAAAGGCCACAGUAUAACUCACCUUGGCACAAAACCAUUUGAGUGUCCAGUAGAAGGCUGUUGUGCAAAAUUUUCAGCACGAAGUAGUCUGUAUAUUCACUCCAAAAAACAUCUUCAGGAUGUGGACUCAUUAAAAACUCGUUGCCCUGUAUCGAGCUGUAAUAAAUUGUUCACUUCCAAACACAGUAUGAAGACGCACAUGGUCAAACAGCAUAACUUCAGCCCAGAUCUCUUAACUCAGCUUGAAGCAACCAGCUCCCUCACACCCAGCAGUGAACUCACUAGUCCGGGACAGAGCGAUCUCAGCAACAUAGACCUUGUAUCCCUAUUCUCCAAUGUGUCUAGUAACAAUUCUGGAAUUGCAACAGACAUGGCGCUAGUGAACUCUGGAAUUGUCACGAUUGAUGUUGCUUCGGUGGGCUCAACACUUGGAGGAAACCUACCUGUCAGUAACAAUUCUUUAAGCCAGGCAGUUGAUCCCUUGAUACUGGUGGCUAGCAGCGAUAUGCCGCAGAGCCUGGACAGUUCUCUCUUGCUGGGAACCAGCACAACAGUUCUACAGCAAAGCACUUUAAAUUUGGAUGAUGUACAGACUGUCAAUGCAGAAGCCUUAGGUUCUCUAGCAUCUUUGUCGGUGAGGAAUUCCAGUCAAGAUGUGCAUGGUCUGACAUCCAGCAAUAAUUUAACAAUCGACACAGCCACUUUGACUCCUUCUAGUAGCCUCGGCAGUACCAAUGUGCCUGAGUUACUAACACCAACUAAAGUUGAACGGAAUUUACUUCCUAGCUCGGACGUUGUUGGUCAACAAGAGGGCAGCAAAGUAGUGACACAGUUUGUCUUCUCCAACCCUCCAGGGAGCUACAGUGCACAGAAAGAAAUGGAUCUUGGCACAGUGACUGGCAGUUCAUUUUUGGAGAGCAGUGGGUCUGCAAGAACAGACUACAGAGCCAUUCAGCUAGCCAAGAAAAGAAAACAAAAAGGGAAUGGGAGCAGCACAGGGGCAUCUGGCUCUGGUCAGAGGAAAAGCAAGGGUGGUAAAGUAAGCCCUACCACCUUUUCAUCAUCUACUCCUGGCAGUCGACUAGGUGGCAACAUAGUUCUGCCAAAUGGAGGGCUGACAAUAAGGGACCCUGCCACUGGAGCCCAGUAUGUGCAAAUUCAGCUUCUUCAGGAUGAUUCCCCAGGAGAGGGAGAUUUGCCCUUUCAACUGAGCUCUCAGUCUUCCUCGUCACAUUCUCAGCUUACAGUGGAUUUACCUGUUCACAUACUUCAGGAACCGCACAAUUCCACUGAAGAUGAUGCAGGUUCUGAUAACUCUCAGUUCACUGGAAGCACAAUAAAUUUACAGGAUCUGGAAUGACCACGAUUAAAAACAGUUUCUUGAAAACAAAUUGGGCAAUCAUGUCUUGACAAAGUGAGAUAACUGUUGGGUCUUUUUCCAAGGAAAAUACGAAAACUAGGAGUGCUGGAUUAUGGUUGCGCUCUUUGCAAUUUGCUAAGGACAGUUGCAGCUGAAAGAUUUUCUUAAAAAAUGUAAAUCCCACUUGAUGUGCCUGUGUAAGAUAUUCUGUCUGCCAGGUGGUUGGAGAGACUGAGGCAGACUGCUGUACAGUGUUGUUUCAGGGAGAAGUACUGUAUUAAACUUCAAACUGAGGUAAUAUUUACUGUUUUCACAGGAAAGCAAGUAUUCUACAGCUAACAAGUGCAAAUUUAUAAUCCUGCCUAUGACAGUUAAAACUUUCCUUCUGUUGGUCUCCUACUGGAGCCAGUGGCAUCAAGGAAUUAAGAGCUAAGAUUUGCAAGCGUUUUCCACGCACACAAAAAUAAGUGUUUCGGCUCCUAUGUUCUGGCAGAAAACUGGAAUAAAGUGUCACAUGUAACACAAUUAAUGUUCUAUGCCAUGAAAAAAAUGAGAUGAUCUAAAAUUUUUGUUUUAGAAAGCUAGAUUCUAAAUGUUAACUUAGCUGUGAAUCAGUUUGUAGCUCAUGUUGAGUUUCUCCCUUUCCUUGCUCCUGCAUCCCAAAUACUUUGCUGAAUUCUUCCAGCAAAACUUGAAAAAGAAAACUGCAAUAGAACUGUACUCACUGUAAGUGAUUAGCUAAGAGUCCAACAGCAUCUGAGAGAGGUUUGUUUUAUCUUUGUGUUCCCUUUUUUGGGAGGAAUGUUGACUGUCAUGUAAAUUUAAGCACCUUGAUUUUAUCUCAUCUAUAAACUGCUGCCAAGUUACCUGUAAACUGGCCACUACCUUUUUAUUUUGGGUUGGUUUUGACUUUUUUUUUUUUUUCUAUUGAACACUGUUAACACUUGUUCUUUCUUGAUAUCCCAGAAUGUCACAUGCACAUGGAGUUUGUCUGGUUUACAGAAUAUGCAGUUGUCAGAGUAUUUUAUGAGGGGAAAAGCAUUGUUACCUGGGAAGAUUUGCCCCACUGAAAAACUGCAGUUUCUUUUGGGGGUGAGGGGAGAGGUUGUAUGUACUGUACUUACCUGGAUUGCAGACACCUACAUAAGUAUAGGGUUUAUAGGAAAAAAAAAAAAAACAACCAAAACUUUGGUUACAUUUGAAGGUAGUAAUUUAAAUGUUUCUUAUGGUGAUGUACUGAAUGCCUAUAAAAUUAUGUAUAGGAGUUUGAUAAAAGGGUGUAUGUACUGUUUUUUAUUCUCAAUGAGGUGUGUGUGUGUAUGCACGUAUGUGUAUUUUUUUUACAAAAUAAGAUAUGUCAUGCAGGAGAACGUUGUAAUCUUUCUAAUCUUGCACAUAUUUAUUUAUUUUACAGUUAUACUGAUGUUUAAUUCACAUGAGGUCAUUCAGAAAUGCUUUUACUUCCUGUGCCUUUUGAACUAUGUAUGUGUCCAGACAAAUGCUUUUUUUGGUUGAAGACUUGGGGGGGGGGGGGGAAAGCAUACAGGUUACGUUCAACUUCAGAUCCUGAUUUGUAGGCAGUAUUCUGUCCUCUGUUUGAACCAGUUUUAUUUUUCUAUCCUUAGUUUAACCGAGCAUUGAGGUGUCUCUCUUCCUCUCAUCCUGAGUUUACAGUUUAUGUCCAGGGAAUCCCUUAACUCUUUCAGGUUGGGUUUCCAAACCAAACUAAUUGGUAGAUGUGAUUUUCUACCUGGUGGCUGUGACUGCAGCACGGCGCACACUCCUGAGAGGUAGAAAGGUUGAGGAGGAAUCAUGCUGAAGGGACUACUGGGUCUUGCUGUAGUGGUCACAGUGCUCCCCCGGAAGCUGAGACACCUCAAGCUCCCAAUGCCUGCAUUACAUGUUCUUAAGGACCAUACCAGUUCUUAAUCUAUUAAAAUGGCCAAGGAACACUCCAUCUUUUUAUGGGACUUGUAACCAAAUCUUUCUACUUCUGAAAAUGUACCUCACUCAGCUUUGUAAGUGAAUGUAAAGUGCUAACCUCUUGGGGCCGAAAAUUGGAUCACUUGGCUUGAACUCCAUUGCUGGCAAUGGAUACCUGAAGAACUGCUGGUGCAAAAGGGUUAAUAAAGCUUUUUUUUUUUUAUGGUCA